GGAGAGGGAGGCGGUGUGGGUGCUGUGUCGGCGGUGUCGGUGUGCAGAGGGAGCGGUGGGGGUCGGGCGUGCCGCACAGUCACCGCACAGCCCCCUCGGUGCUCGUGUCCCCGUCCCCUGUGAGGGUCGCCGGUGCCCCCCUGCCCGGCCCCGCGCUGCUUCUGCUCCCCCGCGCAAUGCGGGCUCGGCCCGCCCCGCUAGCCCUCACCCCCGCGCCGGCCGCAGCAUGAGCGCGGCGAGCGACACGUAUUUCCUUAUAAAAGACAUAAAACCCGGACUGAAAAACUUAAAUGUCAUCUUUAUUGUGCUGGAGAUCGGGCGAGUCACCAAGACCAAGGACGGGCACGAGGUGAGGUCCUGCAAGGUGGCGGACAAGACGGGCAGCAUCACCAUCUGCGUGUGGGACGAGAUCGGCGGCCUCAUCCAGCCGGGGGACAUCAUCCGCCUGACCAAAGGGUACGCAUCUCUGUGGAAAGGAUGCCUGACACUUUACACGGGACGAGGAGGGGAGCUGCAUAAAAUUGGGGAGUUCUGCAUGGUGUACUCAGAAGUGCCAAACUACAGUGAGCCCAACUCAGAACACGUCGGGCAGAACAAACUGGCACAGGGUGAACAAAAUAAUAUUUCUGCAUCAAGUGGUAUGGGUACUUGUACUUUUGGGCCACUGGGAAAUGGUUUACAAACUGGACCUGAAGCAAGUGGAUUUCCAUUCACGUAUAACCACGGCCACAUUUAUGCAGGUAGUGGGAGAGGCAAUGGCCGAGGACCUGUAAAUCCAGCAGCAGCUAAUAGCGUUCAGCCUCUUCCCCCUGCCGUCAGUAACGGGAGGGACCCACGCAGGGCCUUUAAAAGAUGACUAUGCCAAAUGUGGUUGUACAGCUUGCUUAAACUCUACACUCUACUUGAACACUUACUGCACUUUUAUUUAUAGUUAACUGUGAACCAGUUUGUCCUUUGGUUGUGUUUUUUUUACCUUUUGGUGUAUGGAGCAAACUUGAUGUGAUCUAUUUCUUGUUUUGCAUCAGGGAAGCACAGUGAGUCUUCCCUGUACAUAAGGGGGGUAGGGGGAGAAGGUGGAUACAAGGAAGUAAGGGUCACAGGUGGAAGUGUCUCAAUGAAAACUCGGUGCCCUUUGCUAAACAGAAGAAAACUUCAGUUACAUACAUGUAUUUCUGUUUCUCUUGGUCAGCCAUGUGGCCUUAACAGGCACGCACACGUUGGCUUCCUUUAGCCAUAACGGGAGCUCUUCGUGUUGGGAGAGAAAUGAAGGGGAAGAGCAAAAACUCUCUGGUGAGCUAGGUGUCCUGGGAAUGAAUAUGGCUUGUGAAAGCAGUGAGUGUAAGGAAAUGGUGGUGCCAGACCUAGUGGUGCCUCUGGAAUCAGAAUGGGUAGCUUGGAUCAAAGCCGAAGAUGUGGUGAGUGUCUUGAAGCUUGAUUCUGAUUCCAGAAAGGUGUACACUACUUGAAAAAUUCCCUCUGAACACCAUUAUCACUGUCUAGGAAAGUGACACCGAUUUUUGCUUUGGAUAGAAGCUUGGAUAUUCGUUCUUGCUUUGCAUGAGAUGGCAGAAUAGGAGGAUCUAAAUUAAGACAGUGUUGGGGAAUGUGCUUUUUGUAGCCUUUCCUUGUGUAAAAGGCCCAAGGUCACUUUGCAGGAGCCUGAAUUUCCAGGAGUGGACUGUUCUCAAAUGCUGCAUUACCCAUCUCUUCAAUGAGUCUGCCUACUCCUCCUUUCUUCAUUCAAUUUUCUGAAUAAAUUAUGUAUUAGGUGAAGCUGUAUAUGUGGAUUGCAGAGGUACUGGCCAAGCACACAGCUGCACUUCUGAUGCUGUUAAGCUUUCCUUCCUCUGUUUUAUAUGAAAUAUGAAUUAUCCUUUGAAGAGCCCCCUCCAUAUCCUGGGGGGCCAAUAGCUGGUUUUAUUUCUGAGAUCACAAAUGCCUUGACUCUAAAUGAGAGUCCAGUGCCAUAUUUCAGAUCAGGUUCAAAAACAACUCAAACUGAGAUGUCAUACUGGAUUCAUCUGUUUAACUCUUCUUACCUGACCUCUCAAAUAAAAAAAUUGCACUAACCACAUCAGAAACAAAUCUAACUUUCUUUCUGUCAAGCCAUAAAGACUUCAUGACAAAAGGCUGAUUCUGAAUUGUGAGUUGUCUCUGUGGUCAUUCAUGUUAUUUGAAUCUACCGAUGUGUUACUGAUGUUUACAGGUUGUUUACAUUUGAUACUUUUUGCUUUUGGUACUCUGUCAUGAUCUGUUGAAAAAUUCUUCUGAUUGGUGCAAGUUCCCUGCUUGGUGUGAUAUACUGAAGUUUGAAGUGCAAGCAUCAGCAACAACAAACUGCUGAAGGGAGGCAGAGAGAGACCUGUGUGCCCAGACACCUGAGGGCUGUUUGUCUCUGCUCUGGUAAAGUGCUUUCCUGGUACUUCCAGGUGGAAUUAGUGAAACUUGUUUUGGACACAAGAGGGUGGCAUGCCUCAGGAGAUCCCCUCUGGGUGCUGCUGUGGAAGAGUACUGCUCACUGGUGAAGCAGAAAGCAGUCAUUUCUGGGGAAAUGGUGUAAGGAGGUGACGUGUAACUCAGGGACUUAAAAUUGCUUGUUUGUUUAAAUAGAUGUAUAGUCUAGAUGUGUGGACAACCUCUUCUGCAGUGUUGCUCUAAGACAUUUGAUAGGCUUGUGAGAAGGAAGCCAAGAGGACUUCUAAACCCAGGAAGUACCUCUGACAUGUUCCAGAGGUACACAAGAUGUAAGUAUGGUGUGAGAGCCAUGCUGUAAAAUUAGCAAAGUGAACGGUGCAGGUGAUGGCAUGGUGGGGACUUGGAACUCAUUGGAGUAUGUGCAGUGUGGAUCUCAAGUCCUGGUGGUUUUAACUUCUCUGUGGCAUGAAGAAGUUUAAAAUCAAGGGCAGCCCUGUGUUAGUGUAUGCUGAGGUGCCUGGUGUUUGUAGCCCUAUGCAUCUGAGCUUUUAUUAAGCUAAUAAACAUAAUACUUGUUCACAAAUUCCAAGUAAAAAGUGACAUGAUUAAUGCUAAUAAGUGGCAUAAGAUUAAAACCCUGCAGCCGAGUGGAUGAUCAAUGUGUGGUCGGGAGGAAAAAAGCAGGAGACAUCUUCACCUUUACAAGGUUAGUAGCAUUCCUGCUUUCCCGUUUCUUACAUGAAACUAUUGCAGUUUAUUAAUAAUUUUUUACUUCUUUGCAGGGGAAAUCUGUGCCCUGAAAUGGACAUGGACUUAAAAAUAUAAUUUUUCAAGGUCCUGUGAUCUUCCACUGAACCUGUGACAAAGUUGUUUCCCUCAGAGGUAUCAGUGUCAAGAUAGCGAGCUCUCAGCUUGCAGAGGAGUCUGGGACCUGCCUUACAGCUGCUGGGAUCACACCUCGGUUCACAGAGACACAGGCACACGCCACUAUGCAAACAAGCAGUUGUGAAUUACCAGUUGUGAGAUGCUAAGGCAGUUCAUCAGUGCCCACUGGUUAGGUCAGGGAGUCUCGUUACACAUGUCUUCCUACUAAUGGUUAGGCUGCACUUAGGGUAGUCUCAUUCUGGAUAAUACAGAUUUCCAAAGGAAAAAAGACACUGGAAGGUGUUCACGUACCCAGACACAAACUGCACGGUGCUGAGUAGUCCCCAUACACUUCAAUCACAAGAUUCCCUGCUCUCAUCACCUGACAACAGCUCCCCCUCUCCUACCUGCCCCAGCACAAGGACUGCUGGCAGAGUGGCAGUGGAAAGACUUGUGCUGUAUUUCUGCUGCCAUCUGUGUUUCUUCUGUCCAUCUGCAUGAGUCCUCUUGAUUUAAAAGUGGCAAAGCAGUCCUGUUCUGUGAAAUGCUGUCAUAACUUUGGAUACAGGGGAAAGUCUUAUACCCCAUGUCCAUAGUGAAAAUGGGAAGGUGCUGUAAGAACAAAUACAAAUGCUGGACCAAACUACAGGACCUGAAUUGUAGUCUGCCUUCACAAUUUGUUUAAUUAGCUUUGGCCAUAACAUAAAACUGGCAGAUUGCAGUCCUGUGCUCUCCAAAUAAUGCUGCUCUUAAGCAUCACAAAUCCCAGGAAGGGUGUCUGCAGUGAGUGCUGCUUCUGUAAAGUUGUGAUGGGUGGUAUAAAACACCUUUUCUACCUGAGCACAGUGUCUGCACAGACAACCCCCUUAGCACUGCAGGGCUAGUCACCGUGUUCUCUGGACAGGGGACUGUUCAGGAAACAGGUGCUGUUUUCUGAAACCCCCUAUGUUUUUUAUAGACAGUGAACUUUGCGUUUUGUACUGACCUGGCUGCUAUGGCCAUCUUCUGCAGCUCCUGUACCUAUUCCUAAAACAAGGAAUUUUUUCCCCACUAUAAAGCAGUUUUCUUCAGAAGCUCCUGAAGUGCUUUUGUAGGACUAGGAAUUAGUAAAAGCAAUGGCGCUCAGAGUGUUUCUGGGGAAGUCUCCUGGGCUGCUUCAUGGCCCGUGUGUGUUCACCUGCCAGGUUGUUCCCUUGCUUCUCAAAUGCUGGGAGAUUUGCCCAGUCAAACAUGCUCUUUGUCCCUAACCCCUGAGCCAGGCAUUUGCACUGUGUGUAGAGUCCAGCGGUGCUUUCCCACGGGAUUCCCACAGGGAGGUGCCUUGCUGGUGGCAGGCUAGGAGCUGCAGUCAGUUAAUUUGGGGAAUUGUCCCUCAGUCCAGCACCUGUGCAUGCUCCUGAGGAGGCUGCAGGGCUGUGAGUGCCCAUCCCAGAACUGAUGAGCUCUGUUAAUGGCUGUGCCCCAGCCAAGUGCUCCCCUGACUGCAGUGCUGCAGGGUGAGCCUGGCCCUCCCUGCUGAGGAGCACAGGGGACCCAGGCAUCCCAGGAAUUCAUUAAGAGAUGCUCUUUCUGUCUUCAGCCUUCAUCAUCCUGCUGGGUCCUUUAUUGCUUCCAGAGAAUGUGAAAUUCUUCGGGCUCUUUAUGGGGAUUCUGCUUUUUAAUUUAUCUGUGAUGGACAUUUGAAUGUGUGUGUGUGUAACUGGGAUGAGAAGAUUAAUCCUAAACAAGCUGUUGAUUAAACUAUUGGAGUUCAAAUGGAUUAGGAAAAAAGCUUGGAAGUGACUAAGGGGAACUCUUAAGGACUUCAUUUAAGUUUUUAAUUUCUCUAAGUUGUUGAUUUUCUUUCUAAAUCAGGAAACUUUUACAAAUAUGUAUUUCUAAGCCUGGAUCCUUUCUAGUUAGGUAAUUUGCCUUACCCUUUUGGGUUU